AUGACAACAGAAUUUUGCAUUCAUUGGUGUCUGGACAGGGUCUUCAAUUGCAAGGCGAGAUCGACAUUGGGCCUCGAUCAACACAUUCUACAUGUCACUAAUGCGGCCCUCGUUCCCGAGAAGCUAUCCAUUACCAGUGAUGGAUCAGGGCCAACUUCCCUAUUGUUGAGCCUUGUGGCGUCGCGAAGCCUCCUUUCUCUGAUAAUACCUCAGGCCACGCUGAACAUCAACUUUGUCCCUAACGAAUGCAUAGGCUUUCAGGUCAUUGGCGAAAGUGCACUAUCUCUAACAGGCAAUCUUGUCUUUUGUGGAUCUGUUAUGAGCAGCUCAAUGAGUAGGGAGCAGAGCUCCAUGGCAAUCGUUCCACCUAAAGAACAUGCUGAAGAAGAAGCAAAGACACAGAAUACACCACCAUUAGUGAUCGUCACCAAGGUCAUGAAAGGUGGCACAUCCGCCAACAUGAUACAUCCUCGAAAGCGAUCCAGGAUGCUCAUGUUGCCGAAAACUCAGACCCAUUCACGCACUGACAUUCCAAAGGAGACCUUUGCUCCGGCCUCUAUGAUGACUGUUCAGGUCAUGGCCAGCGAGGGCAUCAACUACAAGAGCGGCACCCACAUCCCUUCAGCUAAGGUGCUCGGAAAGCGAGCU